AUGUUAGUCUCCUUGACUGUCGGCAAGGUAGACGCCGGUGUCGCCGUGCUCCUGACCCAGGACAACCGCAUCAUUGAAUUUCCCUCAGUUCUCCUCCCAAAUAACAUUUCAUCCGGCAGCAUUGUCGACAUCAAUGUUGCGCGCAAUCACGCCGCGGAAACAGCCAACGUCAACGCCUUUCAAUCACUCCAGAAGCGCAUCCUAAAUACCUACGGCGUUAAGACCCCGUCGCCGCCCAUACUGCGUCUGCGCAAUGCAACCCAAACAUCCCUCGUUCUCGAGUGGGACCCCAUAGACUUGGCCACCGCGUCCCUGAAAUCGCUCUCCCUCUACCGCAACAACUCCAAGGCUGGCUCCAUACCCCGCCCGCUCGAGACUCGCAGCACAAAGAUUAGCGGUCUGGCCAUUCAUGCCGAGUACACUUUCCAUCUCGUCUUGCGCACUACCGCUGGCACGUAUCAGUCGGAGAAGUUGACGUGCCGCACACACAAGAUGACCGAUCUCUCCGGUAUUACAGUGACCCCUGGCAUUCUGGACCCGGCGCGCAAAGAGGCAUUGGGUGCUACACUGGAACGGAUUGGUGGCAAGAUGAUUGAUUCUGUACGCAUUGAUACUACACACUUCGUCUGUGCGGAGGGCCGCGGCCCGCUGUGGGAGAAGGCUGUUGAGAUGAACAUCCCGGUUGUGGUGCCGGAAUGGGUCGAUGCCUGCGAAUCGGAGGGUACAAUUGCUGGUGUGCGUGGAUACUAUUUGAAUGCAGACCCCAAGGCCCGUCAGCUCGGUGUGAUUCACGGCUCUUCGCAUCAACGCACUACGUCCACUAUGUCGUCUGCGACAAACACACAGGGCAGACCUAGUACCCAGCCACAGCGUAGUGAGCCAGAGCAGCCUCCUGCUGAACCACCUUUGACACCGUUCCCUGGAGGCGAGACGACUACCCAGCCACAAGCGCAGGCGGAAGAAGUUGGGUCACAAGAUGAGGAAGAAGCUCCGCCUUCACCCCCGCCAAAGGACGAGUCCGAUGAUGCAGAAGAAUUACCUCAGCAGAAUGGGCACGCAGAGCCUUCACCUGAGUCUGAGAAACCCGAGGAAACACCAGCCCAGGCAAAUGAUGACGAAGAGGAAAGCAAAGAGAGUACACUCCCGCAACACAAACCUGAAGGAGACGAGCCCAGUCCCAAGGGUAAAGGGAAAGAGGGCGAAGGCGACUUCAGCGAAGUAACGCUCUAG